AGAGGAGGAAGAGGAAAGAAAAGGAGUAAGAAAUGGCUCCUUCUCAGGGACAGUUGACACUGAACGAUGUGGUCAUUGAAUUCUCUCCAGAAGAGUGGAAAUGCCUGGACCCUGCUCAGAGGGCCUUGUACAAGGAUGUGAUGUUGGAGACCUACAGGAACCUGAUCUCUGUGGAUAUUUCUCAUAUACACAUGAUAAGGAAAUUACAACUAAAAUCAAACAUUGAUAGAGGAGAAGUAUUCCAAACAAUGAUUUUGGGAAGACACGAAAUCCUGGAAAUCAAACCUUUUUACCUCCCUGCAAUUCAGGAGAAUAUGCAUGACUUUGGGUUUCAGUGGAAAUGUGAUGAAAGAAAUUACAAAAAUUUUCCUACGUACCAUAACCAAGAUGCCACUGGUAGAAGAAGUCAACAUGGUAGAAGGGAUGUAGGAAACAACCAUAUUGGAAAUAUACCUGUGUUAAACCUUCAGGGUGAACUGCAUAUGUUUAAAAGUAAACAGAAAAUUGAUGAAUUUAAUAAAGCUGUUAAGAGUAUCAACAGUAAUUCCUCGUCUUCAGCACUUCAAGGAAUUUCUCCUCCUGUCCCAGCCAACAUUUCUAAUAUAUAUGGGAGUGAUUUUAUGCAUCCUUCAAUACUGACACAAGACCAGAGCCCACCCAGGGAAAUAUCUUACAAGUGUACUGAGUAUGGCAAAACCUUUCAUCAGGGCUCAAAUCUCAGGAGUCAUCAGAGAAGCCAUAUAGGAGAGAAAUUACAUAAAUGCAAUGUAUGCGACAAAGUCUUUAACCGAAAUUCAGACCUUGUAAUUCAUCAAAGAAUUCAUACUGGAGAGAAACCUUACAAAUGUAAUGAGUGUGACAAGGUCUUUAGUACAAAAGGAAAGCUUUCAAUUCAUCAGAGAAUUCAUACUGGAGAGAAACCUUACAAAUGUAAUGAGUGUGGCAAAACUUUUAAUCAGAGCUCAAUUCUCACCCGACAUCGGAUAAUCCAUACAGGAGAGAAAUUAUAUAAAUGCAAUGUGUGUGCCAAGGUCUUUAGCCAAAAUUCAGACCUUGUAAUUCAUCAAAGAAUUCAUACUGGAGAGAAACCUUACAAGUGUAAUGAGUGUGGCAGGGUUUUUAGUCAGAAAAGAAAGCUUUCAGUUCAUUGGAGAAUUCAUACUGGAGAGAAACCUUACAAAUGCAAUGAGUGUGGUAAAACCUUUAAUCAGAGCUCAAUUCUCACUCGACAUCGGAUAAUCCAUACAGGAGAGAAACUGCAUAAAUGUGAUAUGUGUGCCAAAGUCUUUAGUCGCAAUCCAGACCUUAUAAUUCAUCAGACAGUUCAUACUGUGGAGAACCCUCAAAAACGUAGUGUCUGUGGGAAAACCUUUUAUUCUUCCUUGGGCGUCAGUAGGCAUGAAAUAAUGCAUACAGUGGCAAAACCAAGAAUUCAUAAUGGUGAGAAGCCUUACAAAUGCAAUGAGUGUGGCAAAGUCUUUCAUGAAUGGCCAGCCCUAACAAGUCAUCAACAAAUUCAUACUUACAAAUGUAAUGAGUGUGCAAAGUCUUUAGUCAGAGUUCAACCCUUUCAAGUCUUCGGAGAUUUCAUAAUGGUCCUGGAGGAGGUACAAGGUACAGCUGGAGGGAACACGUCAGAAUACAAGGCGGGGGGCCAGGCAGAGAGCAUGGGGCAGGACCUGAGGCAUGUACCUUCAUUAGGGUCCAUGGAUGAAGUGUUUAGGGGUUCUUGGGUUCAGAAUGCAUUUGUCAGUUCAAACCAAAAAGAACAGCAAUUGUUAAGAGAAGACAUCUUACUUUCCAGCAAAGUGACCUUCCCAGUUGCCUGCUCCCAGUCCCGCCCUCCGACCCGCCCAGCGCCUGGCUCCCUCCUCGCCCCGCCCCUCGCGCAUAACGCUCCCGCCCAGGCCCCGCCUCCCCCUUACCUGAGGAACCGGAAAUGGAGAGGGUGGGUUGAAGGUCCUUUCCCGAGAGGUGGAUUCGCCCCCGCCCCCCGCCCCAGCCUCGCCCUCUCGGCCCCUGGAGGCAGCGCCGGCCGCCCGGCUCCGGGGGAGGCCGCGUCCUCUCCCUGCUCCCGGGAUCCUGGGGAGCCCGCCCCUCUCCUGAGACCCCCUCCCUCCCAGCGCCUCGGUCCUCGCGUCUCCUCAGGCCGGUCCUUCUGCCCCGCGGGUCCCCCAUUUGUUGUCAGCGCUUCCCCUCACCUGGCACUGAUGUUGCCUGAGGAAGAAGCCCUUAGGAGGAAAAGGAAAGGAAAGGAGUCAGGAAUGGCUUUUUCUAAGGGUCAGUUGACAUUGAAUGAUGUGGUCAUCGAAUUCUCUCAGGAGGAGUGGGAAUGCCUGGACUCUGCUCAGAGGGCCUUGUACAGGGAUGUGAUGUUGGAGACCUACAGGAACCUGAUCACAGUGGAUAUCUCUCAUAUACAUGUGAUCAAGACAUUACAACUAAAAUCAAACACUGGUAGAGGUGGAGUAUUCCAAACAUUGAUGUUGGGAAGACUUGAAAGCCAAGGAAUCAAACGUUUUUACCUCCAGGAAAUUCAGGAAAAUAUGUAUGACCAUGGUUGUCAGUGGAGAGAUGAUGGAAGAAAUUACAAAAAUUUUUCUAUAUCCCGUAACCAAGAUGUCAUUGAUAGGAGUCCACUUGGUGGAAAACAUGCAAAAAACAAGCCUACUGGAAAUAGACUUGUGUUAAGAUUUCAGGAUGAACUGCAUAUGUUUAAAAGUAAACAGAAAAUUGAUGAAUGUAAUAAAGCUAAGAGUAUCAACAGUAGUUACUCAUUUUCACCACUUCAUAGAAUUUCUCCUCCUGUCCAAACCAAAAUUUCUAAUAUAUAUGGGAGUGAUUUUAUGCAUCCUUCAAUACUGACACAAGACCAGAACCCACACAGGGAAAUAUGUUACAAGUGUAAUGAGUGUGGCAAAACCUUUCAUCAGGGUUCACGUCUCAGGAGUCAUCAGAGGAGCCAUAUAAGAAAGAAAUUGCCUAAAUGUGAUAUAUGUGACAAAUUCUUUUGCCGAAAUUCAUACCUUGUAAUUCAUCAAAGAGUUCAUACUGGAGAGAAACCUUACAAAUGUAAUGAGUGUGGCAAGGUCUUUAGCACAAAAGGAAAGCUUUCAAUUCAUCAGAGAAUUCAUACUGGAGAGAAACCUUACAAAUGCAGUGAGUGUGGCAAAACCUUUCCUGUCAGCUCAUACCUCAAAAGACAUCAGAUCAUCCACAUUAAAGAGAAAUUAUAUAAAUGUGAUAUGUGUGGCAAAGUCUAUCAUCGAAGUCUAUCCCUUCAACAUCAUCAGGAAAUUCAUACUGGAGAGAAAACGUACAGAUGUAGAUUUUGUGGGCAAACCUUUCUUCAUGGCAUGGAUCUCAGGAAACAUGAGAUCAUUCAUCCAGGAGCAAAGGUAUAUAAAUGUGAUGUAUGUGACAAAGUCUGUGGUCAAAAAUCAUACCUUAAAUGUCAUCAGAGAAUUCAUACUGGAGAGAAACCUUACAAAUGUAAUUUGUGUGGGAAAACCUUUAUUUUUAGAUCAGGCCUCAGGAAACAUGAGGUGACCCAUACAGGAGUAAAACCAUAUAAAUGUGAUGUAUGUGGCACAGGCUUUAAUCAAAAAUCAGCUCUUGUGAAUCAUCAGAAAAUUCAUACUGGAGAGAAACCUCACAAAUGCGAUGAGUGUGGCAAGUUCUUUCGUCAGAAGUCAGCGCUUAGAAGGCAUCAACGAAUUCACACUGGAGAGAAACCUCACAAAUGUAAUGAGUGUGGCAAGUUCUUUCGUGAGAAGCCAGCCCUUAGAAGCCAUCAACGAAUUCAUAUGGGAGUAAAACCUUACAAAUGUAAUGAAUGAGUGUGGCAAAGUCUGUAGUCAGUGUUCAACCCUAUUAAGUCAUUGGAGAAUACAUAAUAGUAAGCACUGUUACACACAUAAUGAGUAUGGCAAAUUCUUCAUUGUGCUUUCAAGCCUAAGUCAAUACCAUCAGGUAAUUCACAUUGGUAAGAGACUUUAAUAAUGUUUUGAUGUGACAAUGCUUUUAGCAGGUGUCCCCAUCUUAGGCAUUAUUAGAAAAUUCAUUGUGGAUAGAAACCAGGUAAAUGUAAUUAUUGUGUCCU